ACAUCCCCAUCUCAAUCCCUCCAUUUAUUUUAUCUCUAUAUCCGCAUCAACUCAACUCCCAACUCUCCCCAACCCAUCUUCACAGCUCCCACAACUAACCAAAAUGCAAGCCCUCCAGCAUCAUCCACUCGCCGGAGACCACAUUCUCCGGCCCAAAAGCGGUCGGACGCCACUCAAGCCUGUGAACUCUCCAGCAACUCCGGUCAAUGCUGCUCCAGUUACAAAAACGAAGCCACCAGCACAAGAAUGUAUCAACAUCUCUCUGUUUGGACCCUCGAACAAGGAGAACGGGCCGGUUUACGGGGCACAGAUGAUCGAAACUGAGGCGAUGGACGCGUCUUUGGCGGAGGAGCUGAGUGCGAUCCGGAAGAAACUGGAGAGGAUAAGGAUGGAUCGAGAGAGAACUGAGAAGAUGCUCAAAGAAAGGGAAGCAAUGCUGGAUUUGAAGAUGAAGGAGAUUGAAAACAGAGGUCAAGUCCAGAAGAUGGUUGAGAUUGAUGUUGAUAGGGUGUUCAGAUUGAAUCAGCUCCAUUCUUAUACCAUUAGAGUUUCUCCGAUUCGGUCUCUGAGAGAAAAGGAGCAGCAAAAGAAAGCCACUGGAUCAACACCAAUUAAGAUAGUGAAUUUUGAGGAGAUGGAGGAAUCAGUAGGGGAAAACACACCACAGAAGCUGAGGUCUGCUUCAAUCGAAUCGGAAAUUGUUCCGGCAAGGGAAUCAGCUAUUACUGAAUCGGUUUAAUUUCUCUGGUGGAAAGUAUAGCAGCAAUUGUAUGAAUUUUGGGAAAGAGAACAGUAUAAUACCUCAUUAUGUUCAUGCCCCAUGUUUGUGAAAAUUGAUAUUAAAGUUCAUCGUUCCAA